AUGGUAGCUGGCAAGCCAACUGUAUUCAUUAAUCAAUAUAUCCAAUUCUUAAAAUCAAUUCUUGCGCUUGAAGUUAAGUUUAGGCAAACUCCACUUUCUCACUCUCAACAAGUAGUAGAGAACAAGCAUACCAACAGUGUUGGUGAUGAUAUAAACGCAGAAGAAACCAAUAUUUCUCCAUCUGUGGCUGUAACUCAUUCCAACUGUCUUCAGCCACUCGUCUCCGACUCUGUACAAGCAGACACCACAGUUGGAUGUAGCGUCAGGGUUCUGCACGUAUCCAGAGUAGUUUUCAAAGUACUCGGCAAGGUAGCUACCACAGGUCUCUCCUUGUGGAGGGUUCAAGUAGUUGAGCUCCUGAGCAGAACAGUGGACUUCUCUAUCGUGCAGCAAAAUACCAACCAAGUUCUCCACGAUAUAGGUGAAUGGAGAGAGUCUCCACAUAAAGUGCCAGAAACCAGGCAUCAGGCUUGGGCUUUGCACCACACCACAGAACGAGAUCACAAAACCAAGGGUAACAUAGUAAAUUUGGAAGAAAAUCGACUGGGUGAACCACCACAAUCCGGCACGCGAUGGCUCGUUGUCGAGCUGAAUAGGGAAGUACCAGCAGAUGAAGUAAACGGUACCAAAUGCGAUCGAGUAUGGAAUCUCAACAAGCACUUGGGAAAGCAGCAAACAGGACCAGUGGAAAGUGUUGGACUUGGACUCUCUGAUCUCGAAGAGCUCUCUCGAUUUGAUAGCUCUUUCUUGGAUCUGGUUUGUCAAUGGUGCACUAACCACAAGGGCCAUGAAACAGGCAAACAUGACGUUUUGCAUACCAACGUUGGUGUGCUUGACGUUCCAGAAAGAGAAACCAACCAGCAAACCAGCCAGCAACAUGAGCAUGAACUUGGCCAUCACGUAGUCCAGGUCCCUAUAGAAUUGGAACCAGGUUCUUCUCAAAACGUUUCUGAACUGCACAGCGUAUGGGACGGCGUAACGAGAUUCAGUGGUCUUGGCGUAGAGAGGACUGUUCUUCCAGAUCUCGAACCAAUCCUCUUGGACAGUAGCAGUAGCACCAGCACCAAUGACCUCCAAAAUGUACUCAGCAGGGUUCUCGCUGUCGUCACACUUUCUUCCUCCAUUAGACUCAAAGUAGUCAAGCAUGAUACGAGAACUUGGUCCAAUGUCUCCGAAAUAAACGGUCUGACCACCUCUCUUCAGCAAAAGCAGUCGGUCAAAUUGUUCAAACAAAGUGGCAGAAGGCUGAUGAAUGGUACAUAG